AGCCGACGAGAGGAUGACAAACCUACAAUUGGAAGUGGUGUUGCAGGACCUCAAUCCUGUCAAAUCGAUGGUGAUACCUACGGCAUGGCAAACAGCUACCAAGUUGUUCAUACUGUUUUGACUACUUUCGUCGCAGGUAAUGCCACUCCUUUCGUUUGCGCAGGUCUCUAUCGUCGGCUGAACCUCAACAUGCCACCUCGAUUACCCGUGCGAGAGGACAUCAUUGAUCACACUUUGGACUCUCCACUGACUCAAGUUGGACUCUUUGUGGCGGGUGCCUGCGGUCGCGCAUUCGCCGAAGCCGGUGUCCGCUUCUCGGUUUGCUACGCUUCACCCGCCCUUCGUUGUGUUCAGACUGCCUGUCAGUUAUUGCGAGGAGCAGGGCAGGUAGGCAUCUUGGUUUUUUUUUUGAGAAUUUCCAGUCACAUUUUAAUUUUCUAG